ACUUUUUUAUCAGCUACUCUCCUCACACAUAGAGACGCACAAAAAGACACUGAUGAGCCCAGAAUCUCUCCUUCUCCAUUUUUAGUCUUCCUCCUCUGGGUUUUUUUUUUGAAGUGGAAAUUUACGGAAAGCGCGCGUAUUUUAUGACAGCCGUUUUAUAUGUCUUUUUUCUGAAGAGAAACAAAGAGGUAUAAGCACGGGUAUGUAAGCAGCUUAACGCACUCUGCUUCACGGCGUGUUUCUGUGCCAUUCGCAGGGCUCUGAGGGCGGCGAAGAUGUGGAAGCUCCUGCUUCUGGUUCUGCCCUGGAUCAGAAUGGGGGUCACUGCACUCCCCCGCAAUGCCCAGGACAUCACCCACACUCUGAACGCCAAAGACGAUGUGUCUUCACCACCCCCCAGGCCCCAAAUCCACUACUGCCGCUCACCCAACAUGGAGACUUUUACCUGCUGGUGGCGUUUCCCUGACAACCCUUUGCUGGGCAACGGCAACGUCACCUAUGUGCUGACCUAUGCUGUGGGGAAGGGGUCAAAGCAGGAGUGUCCAGACUAUACGACAGGGGGGCCCAACAGCUGCUACUUUGACAGCCAGCACACGCAGGUGUGGGAGGUCUACUGUAUGAACGUGACAGCGAUCAGUGCACGUGGCAACCAGACAUCGGAGGAGCACUGUCUGGAUGUAGCUGAAAUCGUGGAGACAGACCCACCAUUGAACCUCACCUACCAGCUGAUGAGCAACUCGGAGGAGUCAGGGUCCACUGUCGUGGUGUCUUGGCAGUACCCCUUGACUGUGGAUGUACAGAUGGGCUGGGUCACGCUUAUCUAUGAGCUGCAGUUCAGACGCAAGUCUGAACCCCACAACUGGAAGGUGAAGGGAGGACUGCGUGAGCCCCAUCUCGAGCUACUGGAUCUUCCAGUGGGGAGCUAUGUAGUGAGGGUGCGCUGCAAGUCCCGCAAUGCUGGACUGUGGAGCAAGUGGAGCUCUCCGUUGACUGUCGACAUCCCGGCCAAACAGGGCAUAGACAAGACACUGGCUGUGAUCCUGGUGACAGGGGUUAGCAUGAUGACCUUCCUCAUUAUUGGCUUUGGAGUCAUUCCACAGAGCAAGAGGUUGAAAGCCUUGCUCCUGCCUCCUGUUCCUAAGCCACGGAUCAGGGGCAUUGAUUCUACACUCCUCAAGAGUGGAAAAGUAGAGGAAAUCAACCGUUUAUUCAGCUCCUUCCAUGGAUACACAACUCCGCAGUACAGUGAGGAGGUCUUGCUCCAGGUCAGCAUGGAUGAAGGGCUCUCCUUUAAGGAGAAUUCAAUGGCCCAGUCAAAGAAGAUGGAAGGAGAACCCCCACCUAGUAUCAACGGACCUGGCUGCCCGAGGGGGCAGCAGCCUAUGCAGACCUUGGUGGGGCCCACAUGCUAUAGCCAGGCCUUGGCUCCUUACUGGCAAGCAUCCACACAUGGCCAGGAAGACUCUUCUGCUCUGAGUCCAACAGCGAUGCCCACAUUGGCACAGCCUGACCCCAGCAUCUUACACUCAGAACUGCUCACUUUUCCGGCUCUGGGCUACAGCAUGAUUCUCAGUCCUGCCCCUGUUCAGCAAAUCAACCAAGACUUCUACACCUGUGUGAAUGGAAUUAAUGCCAGAGGGGCUGUGCACCUAGUUCCAUGCCUACCAGACCAUUCCAAACAAAGCCCUUACUCCCAGAUAGGGGGUGCAGCUGAUUCUGCCAAAAAGGGGUUGACGGAGAGAAGCAUCCAGCUAACCAGCACAAGUGGGCAGGGGGAACCGGUGGCAAAUGUGGUGACAGCUGGACCUGGGAGCGUUGCUGUCGGGACGGCAUUUGAUUCAUACGCAACCUUGGAUGAUCUGAGGCUUCAUAAUGAGCAGUGUGUGGGCAUGGCCUCCAGCCAGUGAGAAUCACAUGCCCCCACUUUGGCCAUACCCAGGUUCACUCAAAGCCAUGCGUGGGAGUGGCCCAGUUCAAAGAACACUAUUUAGGGUACAUGCUAGUCAUUUCUGGGCACUGUGGUUUUCUGUGCUCAGGCCAAGAUAAACUCUGUGUGCCUCAACUGUCAGUUGUCACUGUGAGGAUGUAGCACAAGUUUUAGUGGACUGAGGUGUAAGCACAUCUAUAUACAGUAAAUAGAAAGAAAUAAUUUUCAUUAUAUAACACGUGACUUCGUUGCGCAGUUUCCUGAUUUCGGAUGCUAUUUGCAGAGUCAUCACAUGUAGGAUCUCCUCAGAUCUGGGACAGCAGUGGCUUCACUGCCCAUGAUGUCUUUGUCCUACUGGUCUAUGUCCAUAUUUUUGCCAAAUGACUAUGACACUGAUGCUGUGACAAUCAAGAAUCUCUUUUCGAAGCACUGCAAAUGAAAGACUCUUUGAUUCAUCUCCUGCAUAGAGGACAAGGAUUUAAUUAUAAUUCAGUAUAGGCUUCUAUCUUCAGUUCUACAGCUCACUGGAAUUUAAAAUAUGGACGGCGUGUAUCACGUAAAUCCUAAUGAAGAAUUAAAAAAUGUUAUAUAAGAGCAAUUUGUAUUCCUCAUGAGCCAUUCCUGAAAGAAAGAAAGAAAGAAAAAUAUUUUUGAAAAAAAAACAUUUUAAAUGAUUGAGUAGAAAGAUGUUUGUAGAACACCUUGUUCUACACAGCUCAGUGAAUUGGGAGAGAUAGCACACAGGUGACAGUCACUUAAUGCAGGUACAAUAAAGUUAAAUAAAACUCCUUGAAAUGCAGGUGUUUCCUGAUAGCAGCUAAGCACUGAUUUCGAGAACAAACUGAACAAAUCCCACCUGACUUGUAAAACUACUGGACUGGUAAUGCUGGAUUGAAUUCAUAUUCACAUUAAAAAGUAGAGCAUAGACGGUAUUUUUAAGCAGUCUGACAUUAUAUUAAUGAGGAAAUCCAGUUCCAACAAUGGGAGCUACUACUGAGAGUAUGCAACCAGGCUAUAUGUCAAGUGGAACAAAGAUCAGGCAGCAUAUAUAACCUUAUAUAGUGGUUCUACAUCCACGGAUUUCACUUUGUAUAAAUCUGAGAUGUACUUCUCAGUAUGUGUUGAACUUUCCAAUUCCCUUUCUCUGCUCUUAAAAAUGUAAUCGUGUGUAGUUCUUAUAGUCGUCACCUUGUGCUUGACACGUGUCAGUAUGAUCACCAGUGCGUAAUUCUGAGUUCACACUUCUUGUUUAAGAAACACACUUCAACUAUGCUUACCUGUGACUAAAUGUCUUGUCAAAAGUGUUCCUACGUUCAGAAGAAUGCGUAGCUGUUGUGAGUCAAUAAUAUGGGGUAGAGAGACCCUCUAUUUUGGAUAAGUCUGGUCAUUGACCUGUAAGCGGUGAACUUAGUUUAAAACCAUAAAACGAUUUAAAAAUGAUCAACCACUUGGUAUGCAUGCGAUGGAACAGAUAAUUCUGUGGCCAGAGGGUUUCAAGCAUAUCUCCUGGCUACGACACAGUGGCUGUACCUGUGAGAAACGUACCUAGCCUGUCCACUGUCAGCUAUAUAUAUAUAUAUAUAUAUAAAAAUAUAUAUAUAUCUAUACACAUGCAGAACCCUCUCUAUAGGUAUGUAAAAGAAGGAAAAUCCAAGUUGUUCUUGACAAUUCACCAGUCUCCACCAUUUGUACUGCACCAUUUUCUGAAUGUUGCUUAAUAUGCAUUUAAAUAUGUAUUUAUAUUAAAAUACAGUGUAUAUUUUUAUCAAGGUAAUAAAUGCUCACAGAUCUUUUUUAUUUUUUCUCUAUUACAUCAAAGUAGCAUAACUAAAUGAUGGAUAGGUGCCUUUGUAUGUAUGAAUGUAAGAGGUUUUGGACAAGUGAAGAAUAUGUAACUGAACACGCCACUCUAGUGUAUAAAUUUAAUAUUCCAAGCAUUUUUUGCAGUCUGGGGUUCUUCCUCGAUACGUAAUACCUCUUGUUUCCAGUGAAACAUUGUUCCGGGGUUUAAUUACAGUCUGUGACUUUUUUUGAAGAAAAAAAUAUGACUGUUUAAUCAAAAGAACUCAUUGACAGAACGUAAUCAAGGGUCUAAUUACAGAUUACAUACAGAUUACAUAAUGAAGUGUGUAAUUACUUAAUAUGCUUUCAGAAUUAAACUAAAUGAAUGAAGAGCUCCAUGUGCUUAUGCUCAGGAUGCGAGAGGAUGUUAAUACUAAGUUCAUCUGCUUGGAUGCUAUUAGACAGCCACACGAUGCCACUGUCUUGUGUUUUUUUCACUCGCACAGUAAGUACUGCACUGUGCCCCUAUUGUGUCUGUACAGGCUGUCAGUGCUGCUUUACCUUAUGCUGUCUUGCUGCCUAGAAGUGUCCGUCCAUCUGUCUGUCCGUCUGUCUGUCUGUGCCUUAUUUGUGCUGGCUUCUCCUGUCUGUAUAUUCCACAGCCCUGCCCUGCAGCGGGACACCUCCUCCUCUAGACGCCCUCAGCGACUGCUGUCAUUUUUGUUUUUUUGGCUCAGGACUAAACGUACGACUCCCGAACUCCGAUUUCGCCAUGCCGAAAUCGUAACGUGCACUGCACCAAACUACUGUGGACUUGUACAAGAGAGACAGCCCGUUCUGCGUGUUAUUGUGCAUUACAUGUAAAGUUCUCAUGAAAUGUCACCCCUCCUUUACAGUCACCAAGGGCAACCUAAGGACUUUAGUCUGAAACAGACGAGGCAUCACGAACUGACCCGCUCAAGAGAAUUUACAGAAAACAUACAUGUAGCUUUUAAUGAGAGAGUGAGUUUGCAAGUCCGCAUGAACACAAAACAGAGCUCUACAGGGAGUAGUCUAAGUGUAGACAGGUGGUCUUUACAGGACAGAAUGGGCUCUCUCCCUCCUUUUCCUAAGCUUCUCCUACAAGUCUGAAGUUCGUAUAGACAAGGGUGAAUGUAAAGCUAGUUGUUAACAAAGCUACUGUAUAUGUGUAUUGUGUGAUGUAAGAUUGACACAUAUUCUGUGUUAAGCUCCUUCACCUGCUGGAAGCACUUUUUCACAUAGCGAAUAAAUCCCAGUGUUGG